AUGGCAGCAUCAAUUUUCCGCAGGGCACAAGAUGAAUUUAUCAAGCAUCUGAGCCAGGAAGAGGAAAAUGACUUCAAGUCAACCGACCUUGGGACCUUGCACCAGGUCAUCCUGAAGCUCCAAAAAGAGCAACAGGAGAAGCGAGCUAUGAAAUACAUGAAGCGGCUCGAUCCUUUCCUGAAGAGCAUGGAGAGAUAUGGCCAGGUCGUUGAAACAUUCCUCAAUAUCUCGAACAUGGUCGCAUUCAUCUGGGGGCCAAUGAAGUUCAUUCUUUUGACGGCCAAUAUGUAUACAGAUGCCUUCAACGCAGUGCUAGAUGCGUACCAAGAUAUCGGUGAACAGAUUCCUCUCCUCACGGACUUUGAAAUCUUCGCCUCAAACACCCACAUGAUGGAGAUUCUUGGCCUAAUUUACACCGACAUACUCGAGUUUCAUCGCGAAGCCUUGCGCUUUUUCAGAAAAUCAUGCAUGUCCUCCGCAAACGUUCCCAGCCUGGCACACGCUAACCCAACUCCCUCCAGUUUGGAUGAAGAGAGCCGGGCAAGCAUCAUGGAAUUCCAGGAAAUCCGGGCUGUCCAGCAAAAGGCUGAUGAUCAGCUCGCCUUAACGGAGAAGGCUCAGGAGGAAGCCCAUCGAUCAAGCGUGAAGAGCUGGCUUUCUGGGUUUAGUAACGAGGGGGAGCAGGAUUGCCACCGCCAAGUACGGAGCCUUUGCCCUGGGUCUGGUCGUUGGCUGUUCGGUAAUCCUUGUUUCCAACGCUGGCUUGACCUCAACUAUUGCGAUACACCCUUGAUAUGGUUGACAGGUAUCCCAGGGGCUGGCAAAACUAUCCUGGCGUCGGUCGUAAUCGACGAAUUAAUAUCGAAGGCCAAAAACAAAGACAUAGCGAUCGCAUAUUUCUUCUGCAAGUACGGCGACAAGUCCAGGAAUUCAUUCCUCGCUAUAUUGCGGUCACUUUUAAUUCAACUACUACCAAAAACGCCAGAUUUACUGUCAUAUAUCUAUGAGAAGGCAGCCAUGAGUAGCGACAGUGUCCUCUCAUCACCAGAAUUGGCCAAAGACCUCUUAGAAAUCUUAAUCAACAAUUGCGCAAAGAAUCGCACGAUAUUCCUUGUAUUGGAUGGAAUUGACGAGUGCGAAAAUCAACAGCGAAAAGAAAUCGCAUGCUGGUUCCAGGCGAGAAGUGAUGCACUUCCCGCAAAUGAGCAAAAGAACUUCAGAUGUCUCUUCGUCAGCCAAGACGAUGGUGUUUCACGCAAAUGGUUUAAUCAGCUUCCAAAAAUAACAAUAUCUUCUGUCGACAGCAAGGCAGAUAUCAAAGACUUUGCCACGGUGUGGCAUAAAAGGAUUGAAGAGAAGUUUGGGGAACUCAGGACCCCAGGCCUACACAUUGCGAAUAUCGUCAGCGCAAGGUCACAAGGGAUGUUUUUGUUUGCUAAGUUAAUGCUUCAAUAUCUUGAAGAUCAGCCGUCUCGGGAGAGCUUGGUAAAGGAACUUGAUCCAUCCAAAUUUCCAGUUCGGUUAAAUGAAGCAUACGACAGAAUCAUGCAGCGUAUGCUAGAAUUUCGAUCAAGGCCCAUGCAGAAUGAGAUUCGAAAAGUGCUUGGGUGGAUUGUGUGCUCACCCAGGCCCCUUCGGUGGCGUGAGAUACAAGGUGCCAUAUGCAUCAAUCUAGAUGCAGAAAUAACCAUCAUAGAGCAACAAUUACUGGAAACUCCAAAGAGCCUAUUUGCGGCUUUCAUCGAGAUGCGACCAAAUGGGAUGGUGGAUUUGGUACACAGCACAGCACGCGAAUAUCUCAUUCAAUCAGAAUAUGUCCAGGUAUUACAAGUCCAUCGCUCUCUGGCCAUAUUAAGUAUGGGGUUUCUAAGUAUGCCCCAAGUUAGCGCCAGUAUGAGUCAAGAUGAAAUAAGCACAGAGCUUCUGAAUGGCGUUUAUGCCUUCCUUGAUUAUUCUUCUGCUUGUUGGGCUUUUCAUCUUCAAGCAGGGAUUCCAAAGAAGAGUUCAGAAGCUGAGAACCAAGAACUAAGGGAGCUUGGGGAGACCCUAGAGACCUUUACGGACAUUCACGAAUCUCCAAAUUCAAAAAAGAUUGCAGUACCAAAACCUCUUCAACAGGCCCUUGCCAAGCUACUCGUUGAUGCCAAUUCCUCUCAGGCUGUGCAAGCGGUUGCUUGGUCGCUGAAGCAAAUUGGUAUGGGAGGUCAAUCGCCAUGCACAGACGAAGCCCUCGAUCUCUGGGAAAUCAUCGCUUCUAUACGGAACGUUCUUGAAGCCUCAAGCUCAUCGUCAGUAAUUCCAGGGAGUGCUUGCGAGAAAUCACUCCGCCAGUACUAUGGGGACAAAUUGUUCAAGUGUACCCGCGUGAGUUGCUAUUACUACCAUGAAGGGUUCAGUACUUUUGAGGAGCGCCGGCGGCAUACCUCCAAACACGAUUUACCUUUUUUGUGUAUAGUGUUGAAUUGCCCUCACGCUACGUUCGGCUAUGACACUCAGGCCAAGCUUAAAAAGCACCUCUUCGAAUUUCACGCCAUAGACAUGAUAGAAGAGACAGAAUUUCCCCCUCUUCCUCAGCUGCCACAGGCCACAAGCAGCAACGACCACCCUCCGGGCUUGACAUGUCGCAUAUGCGGCAAAGGAUUCACCAGAGGUCACAACCUCAAGAACCAUGAGAGAAGUCAUGCUGGGCAGAAGGAAUUUAAAUGCGGGAAGUGUGAUAGUUUUUUUGUGCGGCAAGGAGAUCGCAAACGCCACGAGGACCAACAUGAGGGAGAGAAGCGCAUCUGCUUUGGGGUACUCGAUGAUGGCACAGAAUGGGGAUGCAAGGCUGAAUUCAGCCGCCAAGACAAGCGGGAGGCACAUUUCCGCAAAGCAGGGAAGAAGUGCAUUAUGCCGCUGUUGAAGGAACGUCUAAGGAAGAACAGGGACGCCGGGUUAGCAGACACUGAUGGGCCCGACGAGCUUUUUAGUGAGGGUAGGGUGGUGCUGCCCAGGUUCAAGGAGUUUCUUCGCAUCUGCGACUUGCUAGAGGGUGAGGAGAUACAAGCAAGUGAGUGA